CUACAAUCUGAAGAUUUCGAAAACUGCUAAUUCUCUUUUGUUUUAUUGACUUUUUGCUUAUCUGUUUGUCUUCCAUAUCAGAUUUGCCAUGGAGAAGAUUUCAGUGUCAGCAUUCUUGCUACUUGUGGCCCUCUCCUACACUCUGGCCAAAGAAACCACAGUCAAACCAGGAGCUAAGAAGGACACAAAGGACUCUCAACCCAAACUGCCCCAGACCCUCUCCAGAGGUUGGGGCGAUCAACUCAUCUGGACUCAGACAUAUGAAGAAGCUUUACACAAAUCCAAGACAAGCAAUAAACCCUUGAUGAUUAUUCAUCACUUGGAUGAAUGUCCACACAGUCAAGCUUUAAAGAAGGUAUUUGCUGAAAAUAAAGAAAUUCAGAAAUUGGCAGAGCAGUUUGUCCUCCUCAAUCUAGUUUAUGAAACAACUGACAAACACCUUUCUCCUGAUGGCCAGUACGUCCCCAGGAUUAUGUUUAUUGACCCAUCCCUGACAGUUAGAGCCGACAUCACUGGAAGAUACUCAAAUCGUCUCUAUGCUUACGAACCUUCGGAUAUGGCUCUAUUGCUUGACAACAUGAGGAAAGCUCUCAAGUUCCUGAAGACUGAAUUGUAGAGAAAAGACAAAAUCUGCAAGCUCCUCCCUUUGUGUUGGGCCUUGAGACUUGGAACCAGAGGAGAUUUUAGAAGACUGUGGAGAAGGCAGAAGCACUGGUGAACCUACUGAUUAGAUGAUGGUUUCAUGUUACAACAGCUCUUUUUUUAAAUUUUGUCUUAAGUAUACAUGCAUGAAAACAAUAUCUUAUACUAUGAUAGUGAGCCAUGAUUUUUUUAAAAAUAAAUCCUUUUAGGGGUGUUCAAACUGUUUU